AUCAUUCCAAACAUCAUCAACAGCUUCACUCAGCAGCUCUAACUCAACAGCUCCCGCAACAGCAAAACAUCAUUCAGUGCCCCACCAAACAGCACUCUUACCUAACCAUCACACAAUAGCCAGCGGCUCUUAUUCUUAUUAGCCCCUGCUCGCAUCAUCCAAGACGCCAUCUCCCACUCAGCAGCCUAGCGCACCCCUGCUCCUUGCCGAUUACGGCUUGUCUGCCUUGAGUCACAACCAGCAAAAAUUACACCAUCUUAACUGUUCGAGUCACCACCACCACCAUCCUGGUGCUACUUAUACAAAAUGCCAUCCACCACCAUGAACCGCCCCCCUCACUCCCCAUUCAACACCCACACCACCAAGCAAACCUCUCUGCGCAAGACCAUGUCCAUCACGCAGACCUACUACCUCGCCCACAAGGCCCGGGCCAAGCUGUCCACCGAGGCCGCCCGCGCCGAUCACGACCUCCGCCUGCUCGUCGGACACGCCAACCUCCUCGACAGCCUGAUGCUCGACCUCGCCGACGCCGAGCGUGAGCAGGAGUCGUGGUUCAACCAGUCCGUCCGCGGCGCACAGGAGGAGAAGAAGGACCGCCACGUCCAAUGGGCCGACUCGAUUGUCGAGGACCCCGAGGAGGACUGGAACGCCGACGACGCCUCCUCCACAUCCUCUUCGGACGAGUCCGAGUCCGACUCGGAAGAUGACUACGACAGCGACGAGGAGGACGACAUUGAGAUGGCCGACGUCAUGAGCCUCCGCCGCAUCUCCUCCACCACCAAGCAGAUCCCCAUCCUCUCCGUCGACGAGGACGAGGACGACAUGGAGGAGGACGACCUCGAGGAGGACUACGCUCAGCUCGAGCUCGUCCGCACAUCCUCUCACUCCAACUCCCCGCCCGAUCUGGCCCACGACUCAGACUACUCUUCGGACGACGACGACGCCAUGCCCCCUUCGCCUCCCAACACCAUUCUCACCUUUUCUGAGAAGGACGCCAAGCAAGAGCCCACCAGCGAACAGCAGCAACAACAACAAGACAGCCUCUACUCUGAGGGCUUCUACCUCCCCAGCAGGAACCCAGCCCGCCUCGUGUCCGCCAUCUCCGUGUACUAG